UUCAUGUCAUCUGGCUCGCUACCUAUCUCUCCAUCCACUCCUCGUCCGACUCAUCAUCAUCAUCACCAUCAUCACGGCGUUAUCACUCAAGGAACGCAAAUGAUAGUACAAGGUGUUGUGCAAACAUCAGAUUUAGCACGUGGGAUGCAUCAAUCUCGAACUGAGUCAAGUCUGCGGCGGGGUCGACGACUACCCAGACCUGCCUCAAGUCAAAGCAGGCGGCCUCAUUCUCUCUUUUCUCCGGACUCCACCUCCUCGUCCGAUAAUGAACGCAACACUGAGUUGGAUGCUCCCCCAACUUCUGCAUCUGACCCUGCAAAUGACGGUAUGGAAGGCAUUGAGGUACUUACGAUGCUUCUGGGCGACAGGUGCUUCACUCAUGAAUGGCACGACUGCUCCAGAUCUCUCUUCAGUGUCAAAUGUGGUUCGCUCUGAUGAUGCUCCCUUGGCCAAUGCCGAGGCCUCAACCAUCUCCCACCCCCCUCUGCCAAUCCCUACGACUCUGCCACAGGGUGCGAAUGCGGUCAGUUCUCCGUCUUCAUCUCCGAGUCGACCUCGGCAUUUCUUGCGAAAUAUGCGAUCCCGACUGCUGAGUAGGCUUCGUGACCGACGUUCCCAUGCUGCCAGUCGCCCAAGCGCUGGCGAACAGUUGCCGGGCCACAUGCCCGCAGACACCGAAACAAACGGCCCAAAUUCCACCCCGAUUGUCGUGGAUCGUGGAUCUGUCGACGAGGCUGAACAGCUUGCCGCACUUCGCGCCAACAUCUCUCAACAACUUACGCGAGCACUGGCAAGACAUGCCGCCGAGAGACACGCUGGUUCUUCCACGAGCACUCCCUUCAGGAGCGCCAGCCCCACAAGCCCUGAGACGCCAGGGUCAGUUGAUCCGGCGGGUGUCCCACUUCCCCCAGAUGACUCUUUGAGUAUAUAUGAACGACCCCCUUCCCCCGUGGCGAGGGCUCAAGGUUCUCCCGUGACUCCGAGAACGCCUGCGAUACUCACUGGCCCAUCGGAGCCUAUCACUCCACCUCCCCUCAACGAACAAAGCUUUGAAGCUUUCCUAAAUGAUAUACAGACCGAUCUUCGUGCGACCUUGAUGCGUCGCCACGAGCAAGAACGUCGGGUAAGGGAACUCAGGGAGCGUAUGGAGCAUUCUAGCUCUUCGAGGCCUCUCUCCGUUCCACGUAUCCCGGCGGCGCCGUCACUGAUACCUGAUUUGGAAUCACGGGAAAGAACUGGUCCUGAUCGGAGUUCAUUCACACUGCCGCCAAACUAUCAUCUCACGGAGCAUGUCCCAAGUGUCGACACGCCCUUGAAUUGGUGGAGAAUGUUCAGGUUCCCCCCUCGAACUAUCCAAGCUUCCCCUGGUGUUAACUUAAACCCAAAUAACGCGAAUCCGUUGAGUGCUUUGCGAUCUUUGGCGGCGGGACAGCCUUCUAUUCCAGGGCCCGGUCCAUCAUCACCUGCGACCACUCACGUUCCUUUGACCACAUCCCCUUUUCCGGUUUCGCCACCUAUAACUCCAGGCACUACUGUGCCGCCGUCCGCUCCUUCUGAGAGUACCACGCUUACACCGGUGUUGAUCGUUGGUCUGCGGCAACAAAACACACAAAUUAUUGACGAUGAUACUGAUGAUGAAGCCCCUUCUGAUUUGCCGAUGUAUGCACCUGCCUCUCCUUCAUCUCCAUUUGCGCCUCGUAGCGAUUUUUCUACUACUUCAACCUCGUCCCUUCCUCCUGCACCUAGAGCUUCUACAUCUUCAGAUACCACAGUCCGCCAUCCACCGAGGACCAGUCUAUUCCCUCAUCGCCGAACUUCAUCCGACAGUUACCGCGAGCUUAGUGAAAUGAUUCGGAACACACCGACCUCACCACCAGCUGAUCUCCAGUCAGAGGUUGAAGCUACAUAUGGUGAAACGUGGAGACAAAAUCUACGUGCUUUCCUCGCAUCGGCUCUUGCUCGCGGAGCGAUAGAACGCGCCCGUGAGGAACGAGCCGCGCGCAGGGAAGAGCGACGCCUCCGUGAGGCUGAAGCUCAGCAGGCACGCGAGAGUUAUGUCAUUUGGGUGAUUGGAGGCUAUUACCCUGAAAACAUGUUGGGCGCUCCGAACCUGUUGUUGGGGCAGUUUGAUCAUGAUGACUUUUGGGCGCUGGCCGAAUUCCUGGGACAAGUAAAACCUCCGGUUGCCACUAGAGAGGAUAUUGAGAAAGCUGGUCUUGAAGUAAUCAAAAAACAACAGCUGGCUGAGUAUCUUAAGGGAGAUAAAAUUGCGCCAAAUACCAGUGAUCGGUGCCUUAUUUGCCUGUCUGAGUAUGAAGACGAUGAAGAGGUUCGUAUCAUGUCAUGCAAGCAUGGCUUCCACAAAGACUGUGUCGAUAAGUGGAUGGAAGUGGGCCGUAACAAUUGUCCGGCCUGCCGUACGAAGGGUGUUCCGACAGAAAACACUUCUACUUUAGCAAACAACUCUUCACCCUCUGCUGCGUCAUCAGCCUAAUCACACCCGUUCUCUCCCCUUGCGUGAUAUUAUCUUUCAUCUCCGAUCUUCGUCCUUCUUGAAACCCCCUUCUGUUUGGUGUCC